AAAGAGGAAGGAGCCAUUGUUGUGGAGCAAACAUGUCUGCCAUGGACGUGGAUGAUUUUAUCCAACAGAACCGCGCUGUGGCGGAGCAGGUGGAGACGUUCCGAGGUUACUGGGAGAGUGAGAAACACUGGCAGGCGCGGAGAGAGUUCAUCCUGCGGAACAUGGACGACUACGACUUCGAGCAGGUGGACAGCCUGCUCUCUCUGUCCAUGUGUUGGGCCAACAACGUCUUCCUCGGCUGCCGGUACAGCACAGAACUCCUGGAGAAAGUGAAGGAAAUGGCUGAGGGCAUCGUGGUAGAGGACGCGCCAGUCUUCAAGACGAGAGAUGAGAUCAUGAAGAAGCAACAGGGUCGAUGACGAGCUCGGCUGGGUGGUCUCUCCUGGUUGUUUUGAUUCAAAGCUGAUGGGACUCGGCUGUUUCCUACGUACAGGCUGUGCUUGUAACAUGCUGGACCACAUUGCAGUGGUUUUUGUUUUUAACCAUCCCACUUUGAGUGUAUACCUCAUAAGUGUUUUUUUAUGAUGCAUAACUUUUAAUGGUAUGACGUACAUUAAGAUGUUUUGACACUGCAGUAGCUUCUUUGCUCAAUCAUGGCAAAAUUGUUUUAAACUUUUUAAAAACUGUUUUUAAAUCAAGGCGACGCUGGAUCUCCUGUCUCCAGCACAAUAAAGUACUUGUUUUUCGUCUUA